UGCGCGCUCAGAGCCAGGGGAAGCAGCGCCGCCGCCGCCGUCCCCGCAGCCAGCUCCUCAGUCAUGCCGCACGAGUUCUCCGUGGACAUGACCUGUGAAGGCUGCUCUAAUGCAGUCACUCGGGUCCUCAACAAGCUGGGAGGAGUUCAAUUUGACAUUGACCUGCCCAACAAGAAGGUCUGCGUCGACUCUGAGCACAGUGUGGACACUCUGCUGGAGACCCUGGGGAAAACAGGAAAGGCUGUUUCCUACCUCGGCCCCAAGUAGCGAGGGCCUGGGCCCCCAGCCUGCAGGAUGGACCAAAGUGGGCAGGUGGGUGAGGCCCCGACACUGCAACAAAAUAUGUCUCUACCGAAUGCAAAUCACAAGCUCAGGGACUCCUUCCAGCCUCCUGUGAGUAGACAGAGCACUACGUGAUGUCUCCCAGGGUCCCCUCUAUGACUUCGGGGUACAUUUCAUGAUCAGCAGGGUUUAAGUUUAAGCAUGUGGCCCUGAGCAGUGUGUCUUUUGCUUUGAUAACUUAACGGUCCCAUCACAGGUGAGACCUACGCCCUGAGCCUUGUGGUCCUGUGCACUGACCAGGUGAGUUAGUUCACCUUGGCCUCUGUCCCCACUUGGAACUGUUGUCAGCUUCCUGAGCAUGCCCUCUGCCCAGACUGGUGCAAAAACAAUACUGUGGUCAAUCUGGUAGUUUCUUAAAACCUACCAUAUGACCCAGCCAUUCCUUUGCCAGGUAUUUACCCAAGAGAAAUGGAAAGCACUGUCCAUAUGAAGACUUGAAAAUAUUGAGAGCAGCUUUACUUGUAAUAGCCAAAAGCUGGAAACAACCCAACCCACUGUCCAUCACUAGGUGAAUAGAUAAACAAAUUGUGGUAUAGCCAUACAAUUGAAUACUAUUGUCCAUGCAACAACUUCACUGAAUCUCACAUACUGUAUGAUAUCAUUUAUAUAAAGUUCUAAAAAAUGCAAACGAACCUAUAGCGACCAAAGCAGAUCCGUGAUUGCUUGAUGAUGUGGGGUGGCAAGGAGAGGCAGGAGGAGACUUCGGGGUUGGAAAUGUUUAUUAUCUUGAGUGCGGUGAGGGUAUGUGGUGUAUUCAAUUGAUAAGUUACAGAUCAUCACAUUGUGCACUUAAAAUAUGUCUACGUACAGCAUGUCAGUUACACCCCCGAUAAAGCUGUUAAAGGUGAAAAACACAACACAAACAAACAAAAAACAGCAGCGUGUUUAAGCUGGAUUUUACAUAAUCCAGAAAGGAGGUUAGUGACACUGCCAGCACCCUUCACUGUGGAACCAGGGCAGACUUUAGUCAUCCAUCCAGCAUUCCUUCCCUCCGUGCCUAGCCACAGUCUCAGAAUCCUUCACAGCACAGCCCUCCGAGCAGUCACUGCCCCCGUAGUGCCUUUCAUGCCCUUCAUGCAUGUAUUACAACAAUCGCCACAUCCCUGAUGUCGGUCAGUGCUCUCACUGUAAUUAAGAAAAAUGAGGCCUGGAGAGGGGAAGUGACUUGACCAAAGCCCCACACAGGUGAGUGCCAGGGGCAGGCUGAGAAUCAGGCAUCCAGCUACAACUGACUGCUGGGCCAUGGCAGUGAACUUCAGCUGCAGCCUCCUUCCUAAAGGUGUGCGUUGGAAUCUGAGCCGUGGCAGUGUCCUGUGUAUCUGGUGACAUCACGUGCAAAUCAUGAGAUGUCAGAUGUGUCUGUCUUCGUCAUCCCCUUUCUGCCCAUGGAUGAACCAUGUUCAGGAAUGAGCCCAGGAUGAAUGAUCAGUAUUCUAGGAGUCUAGUUUUUAGCUCUGCCCUCAUUUCACACUCUGACUUUGGACACUUCUCUUUCAUUCCUGAGACUUAGUCCUCCCUCCUGUAAAAUGGGGCUAUAACCUCUACCCUGCUUUCCUGCCUUGUGGAGGUUACUGUGAAAUCCCUCUGAAUAUGAAGGGUGAUCCUUAAAGGGAGGGUAAUGUUUCUACCGUACCA